AUGGUUACUUCCCGCGCUUGUUUACCUUGCAGAACCGCCAAGACAAAGUGCGACCUUAAGAGACCGACAUGCGGCCUCUGCUCGAGGCGUGAAAUCGUUUGUGGCGGAUAUGCGUCGGAUUCUGACUACAUGUUUCGUGAUCAAAAUGCAACGGCCAAAGUCAAUUCUGAGCGAGCACGUCGUGGUAUAAAACAUACGGUCAAUCCGUUUUGCCUCUAUGAUACCAAUUCUGUCGAUGAUUUAUGCGUCCUGAACGUCGACGCUCUGCAAACUUCUUGGCUGACCAUUCCCAGUCCUGUUCUUUUCAGGCUGGAGGACAGGAUACUGGAUACAUUCUACGCGGAAUGGGUCUCGAGACCUUGUGUAAAUCUGAAGAAUCCUGGAUACCUUGAUUUACUACCCGGGAUGAAAGCCAAGUCUGCUCCAGCCUCUGCGCUGAACCUUGCAGUUGAGGCUUUUGCGUUAGCCAAUGCAGGGAAGUUCGUGAUUUGUAAUGGAAACCUGAAGCAGAUGGCAUUUUCGAGAUACGGUGCUGCACUGGCGUCUAUUAGAAACGCGAUUCUGCACCAUACCCUCGUCGCCGAUGAUGCUACGUUGAUGGCGAUCAUGACUAUCGACAUGUUUGAGGUUGUUUUCAUGGUCAGAGAAGAGCCCCUCAAACUUCACAACAAUGCGAUCGAGUAUUUGCUUGCAGUCAGAGGAGCUGAGCAGAUCGAAUCCGACGUUGGACUUGCCCUCUUUCGAAUGGCAAACCAUCGUUUGCAAGUGAGACAACUCGGCCUCGGACUCGAACCUUUACCAGUACAGUUGGCCUGUGUCAAUAUGCUGGAUCUAUCCACCCCAAGAUAUAGUCUCAGCAAGAUGCAACUUAAAGCUCAACAAACCCUCGCAAUAUCUCAAGAUCUCGAUUCCUUUCAGUUGGUAGAUUUGUCACAUUUGAUUUACCAAAUCCAAAUGAAUUUGGACGAGUAUGAGCAUUGGAAGGCCUGCCUUCCUGCGUCCUGGACGCCAAAACGUAUCCGCCUUGCUGAUCAUAGUAAGGUUCUUCAGACGUUGAUGGCACGUUCUUUGCCAUUUACAGACUACAUUUUGAUUUACGAGGACUCAUUCAUUGCGCAUCAAAUGUCGUUUUUCUACCAUGGACAACUAGCCUUGAGGUCGGCAUUGAUUGACGCUCUUUUUGCGAUGAGAAACAUGUCUCUGGACCAACUCGAUUUGGAGCGGGAAAUUGAGAUACAUCAAAUGGCUACAUCAAACUUAGCAGAUAUCCUUGUUGAGUCGAGCACCCCGUUAUUGGCCUCUAUCCAGAUUGAUGAUUGUGGCUCACUCUAUCUCACUCAGGAAAGGAUCACUCUCUGCUAUACUCGUGGAAUAUGCUGGGCUGUUCAGCAGGAGAAGCGAGUGUCAGCUCAACACAAAGACUUUACGUACAGACUUGAGAAUUGGAUUCGACAACAAAUUGCUUUGGCAUGUCAAUAA